AGACCGGCGAACAAGCUCUUGUUUCUGCUGUUUCCCUGUUUCUCCCUCUUGAAAGGAAGAGCUUCAAGGCUGGGCAGUAAAUAGCUUUAUCAAAGAAUCAAACGGAAUAUUGAAAUGGCACCGGAGCCCGAGGAUGAGAUCAAGGACGAGAAGAACCCUCGUCCUCUUGAUGAAGACGACAUCGCUCUUCUCAAAACUUAUGGAUUAGGACCAUAUUCUAAUAGCAUUAAGAAAGCCGAGAAGGAAAUAAAGGAAAUGGCUAAGAAAGUAAAUGAUCUAUGUGGUAUCAAGGAGUCUGACACUGGUUUAGCUGCACCCAGCCAGUGGGAUCUUGUAUCUGACAAGCAAAUGAUGCAGGAGGAGCAGCCUCUUCAAGUGGCAAGGUGCACAAAGAUUAUAAAUCCUAACACUGAGGAUGCCAAAUAUGUAAUAAAUGUGAAACAAAUUGCAAAGUUUGUAGUUGGGCUGGGUGACAAGGUAUCGCCAACUGAUAUAGAAGAAGGCAUGCGUGUUGGCGUAGAUCGCAACAAGUAUCAGAUACAGAUUCCCUUGCCUCCAAAAAUUGAUCCAAGUGUGACAAUGAUGACAGUGGAAGAGAAACCUGAUGUGACAUAUAAUGACGUUGGUGGAUGUAAGGAGCAGAUUGAAAAGAUGCGAGAAGUUGUUGAACUACCCAUGCUUCACCCUGAGAAAUUUGUGAAGCUUGGAAUUGAUCCUCCUAAAGGUGUUCUCUGCUAUGGUCCUCCUGGAACUGGGAAAACACUUUUAGCUAGAGCAGUGGCUAAUAGAACUGAUGCUUGUUUCAUUAGAGUUAUUGGAAGCGAGCUUGUUCAGAAAUACGUUGGUGAAGGAGCAAGGAUGGUUCGCGAGCUUUUUCAGGUUAAAGCUGCAUGUUGCUCUUUUCUCAGUUGUCUGCCUUUAUGUAACCAAGUACUAGCUUUUCUAUGCUUUCUUUUUCUAUCCAUGGAUAAAGUUCUUAUGGCAACAAACAGGCCUGACACCCUAGAUCCAGCACUAUUGCGUCCUGGACGAUUAGAUCGUAAGGUGGAGUUUGGUCUUCCGGAUUUGGAAAGUAGAACUCAGAUAUUUAAGAUCCAUACAAGAACAAUGAAUUGCGAAAGAGAUAUCCGGUUUGAGCUUUUGGCUCGGCUUUGCCCAAAUUCAACCGGAGCUGAUAUUAGGAGUGUAUGUACUGAAGCUGGCAUGUUUGCAAUUCGAGCACGGAGGAAGACAGUGACAGAGAAAGACUUCCUUGAUGCAGUGAACAAAGUAAUUAAAGGAUACCAGAAAUUCAGUGCAACCCCAAAAUACAUGGUGUACAACUAGAUGCUGCUUAUAAAUCUAAACAGGCGAUGAAUAUGAUGAAUGAGGGCUGUAUCGUGGACUUGAAUCUUUUGUUGCUUGGAUUUCUAGUAUUGCUUCAUAGACCUCUUGAUGCUUUGUUGUUUUCCAAUGUAUAACGCUACGUCACCAUCUAAGUCAAUUUUUCUGCCGCCCUAUUCUAUUAUA